AUGGCGGCCAAUGGAGGCAGAAGACGUACCAAGCCGUGCACGAACUGCAAGAAAAAUAAAGUAAAGUGCCUAUAUCAAGACUCGUUACCUUGCGAACGAUGUGCUCGUCACCAAUUGCAAUGCCACUUCGCUGAAAACAAUUCUCUUAGGAACGAAACUCUUUCGGUGCAUGAAAUUAAUACAGGGUUGCCGCAAGCGCCAGCUUUAAACGAUGCCUCCACUCUUGGCUGGUCUAACUCAGUGGACGCUCGGUUGGACACGUUUGAAAAUGCUCUAGAAUCUGUGUUAUCGAUUCUGCAGAGCAAUCAGAUUCAGCAGCAACAACAGAUAAACCUCCUGCAACAUCGUAUUCGACAAAAUUCGCAUGCAUGCCCUAGCCAAGCCCUGCCACUUAACUUAGAGCUUGAAAGUUUAGGCGAAUUGGUAGGCAGCUCGGAAGUUCGCGAUUUUCGGACUGCUCUCAUUAUCUCGAAAGAUCAGGCCGCGGAACUUGUGACUAUUUUCUCAGAGAAAUUUGUCCCAAGGCUCUUUGGCUAUGACAUUGGAAGUCUCGACGCUGAGAACCUUUGGAACAACUCACCGCUUUUGCUUGCAUCUAUAUGUGCAGUAGCGUGUGCUCAUCAUCCCCAUUUAUCAACGGCAUUCAACGGGCUAAGAAAAAGUCUAGAGUACUUCGCAUCUCAAGUUCUGGUGAAAGAAGUAAAGAGCCACCAAGUUGAACACGUUAUCCUUGGUUUAAUAAUAGGCGCCUUGUGGCUGGAGUCAGGCCAGAUGUUUGUUUCAGUUGCGAUCCAAUUGGCAAGAAAUCAUAUGAUAGACCAACAGUGGGCGGCGCCUUCCUCUUUCGAAUCGAGCUCUUUACAACGCCUUUGGUACCUCCUCUAUAUUGUCGAUGGAAACCAAAGCCUAAUAUUUCGGAAAAGCCCUUCGAUUCAUGAAAAUGUUGAGCCAUCAUUGCAAGGCGCGAGAGAUAGUGUAAUAAGGGGGCUUAGGGCACCAGAGAUCCGCAGAGUAUUGCAGGAAAACCAGGAUACAAAAGAUAGAUUGGUGAACCGAAGGCAGCUCCAACUUCUGAACGAGGUUGACCGCCGGAAAAUUUCAAUUUCGGGAUCGGCGCUGCAUGACGUUAGGCUUUUGAGCCAGGUUGAAUACCACAUGGCCAUGGAGUCUGUGUUCAGCAGGCACACUUGCUUUGGCAGAUCUGCCGGCGACUAUAGUGAGUCUCUCGAAGCAUCUUCAGCGCUUCUGGACCCAUCUAAGUUUGGGGUUCCCUGGAAAAGCAAUCUUACACUAGAUAAAUGGAUGAUUUCAUGGACCAUAACGCUUCAAAGUAUUGAUUUUCAAAGCGAUCCUUGGUGCUUGAAGUCUACUCUCCUCUACUAUAACUUUGCCAGAAUGCAUCUGAAUACGAAACCGCUACUUGCAGGCAAAAAAUCGGCUAUCAAUGGCAACAAUGACGAACUGAUCCGUGUGUGGCACAGUUCAUCUAACAGCGACGAAGAUGCACCAAGUUUGUAUGAUAAACUUGAUGCAUCACAUGAAAUUUCGCUUUCCGCGGCGCACUCGCUGCUGAGACUAGCAACUGAUGACAAGGACCUGAAGGGUAUAUAUCAAUUCCUCCCAAUUCACGUCCACGUUAUGCUGUACUACGCAUCACUAGUAUUAUUAAACCCAGCAUUUAUUGAGAUGCAUGGGGGGUCCUUGCACAGAAAAGCUGUAGAGUCGCGACUAAAAUCUGUCAGUAAAUUCAAGAAGCUCUUAUCCGAGACCCCACUAUCUGACACUGAAUUCAGGAACAAGCUUUUAAAGAGUCUGACGCAGAUUUUAAAGACAUACGCUGAAAGGUACGCACAAAUAUUUUUGCAUUAUAGAAGCGGCUCCGCACCGUGCAUAGAGGAGGUAUUAGAAGACGAGGGUCCCAGUCAGGGGGAGACGAAACCUAGGCCCAUUUUAGCAUGGCCAGGAACAAACCCUGGUCACCCAUAA